CUUGUAGUCACACCAGAUCAACGGCCUAAAUUCGCUUCUUUUGUUGUGUCAUAUAUCUGUAGCACCUUGCUACCAACUGAAAUCAGAUACAAGCACUGAAUGGCUUGUAUUAGUCUAAAUAUUGCAUAAUAUUUGAAUGUAAAUGCCAGUAGUGGUGCAUGUGUAGCUUUUCUGCCAACAUUUUUUUUUGGCAUGUCUGUAAUUGUUGUCACCAGGUGGAAAAUAUCGUUGCUGUCAGAAAGAUUCCCGAUAUCUUCGACCCGAAUUACGAACAGCAGGGUUUGUUUUUCACACUCCACCGGUCGUAAUUGCUGUUUAAACGUUAAGAACGUGAAUGCGGCACAAGUCUUUCCGCUGUGUUGAGUCUGAUGGGAAAUGUAGGAUGGGAAAUGUAGGAAAAGCUAGCUAAGUUUUUUUUCCUCCAAGUUAAGUUGAUUUCUUGGCCGCUAUUGAAUUCUUUUUUUUAUCGCCCCGUGGAUAAUUUAUAAUCAAUAAACGAGGAAUAAUUAAAAAAAAAAAGGCGAUAUUGCUAGGUAGCUAACGACCGAGAGUCGUAUAGAGUAUAUCGUACAUUACGGUACUGUCUGGUGCAUGAGAAGGAGGUCAAAGGACGACAACAACACACGUUUCAGCAGACAGGCGCCCAUUAGUUGCUCGUUUUAUUCGAUUUUAAACGGGGAAAACGUGUUGACAGCCCGUGUCCGUGUUUUGGGAACGUUGUAAAAACGGUGCCGUGCAGCGAAGGAGGCCGGCGGCUAGUUGUGUUUGCUGUGUUAUGGCUCUUGCGGUGGGCUCCUCGUCGAUGUCCCCUGUCCGACUUGGCUGUUUGUGUCGCAGUGUGUGCCCAGGGACAGGCAGGACGCUCCCCGCGCACGGCUCCGGCCAGAGGCGUCUGUGUCCAGCCGAGGGCGCGGCAGCUCUGUCCAGGUACUUUGCACCGAGCCGGUCUCUGGGUUCAGGUCCACGAUCGGCAUCACCAGACUCGGGAUGGAAAACGAGACUUUCACCACACACAUCAGAGGCAGCACAAAGCUCUCCCCGGUGGGAUGGAAAGCGAGGACUUUUCUCCCGUGGUGGCGGUGCGGCGGUCAAGCCCCAGACCCUGGAGGACAUCGCCAGAAACAUUAGAGAGCGGCAGCACAAGAGGGUGGUGGUGAUGGCCGGAGCUGGGAUCAGUACGCCCAGUGGCAUCCCAGAUUUCAGGUCUCCAGGCAGCGGCCUCUACGACAACCUGCAGCAGUAUGACCUGCCCUAUGCCGAGGCCAUAUUCGAGAUCGGCUUCUUCCAUCGAAACCCUAAGCCCUUCUUCGCGCUGGCCAAAGAGCUGUACCCAGGAAACUACCAGCCCAAUCUGACCCACUACUUUGUCCGUCUGCUUCACGAGAAGGGUCAGCUUCUCAGGAUGUACACGCAGAACAUCGACGGGCUGGAAAGACUGGCAGGGAUUCCUCCCGGGAUGCUGGUCGAGGCCCACGGCACGUUUGCCACCGCCACCUGCACUGCCUGCCUGAGGAAGUAUGAGGGCGAGGACCUACGACCAGAUGUGAUGAGUGGGACGGUCCCUAAGUGUCCCACCUGUAAAGGCGUGGUAAAGCCCGACAUUGUGUUUUUCGGGGAGGAGCUUCCGCGGAAUUUCUUCAAGUACCUCACAGACUUCCCACUGGCAGAUCUCCUGAUCGUCAUGGGCACUUCGCUGGAGGUGGAGCCCUUUGCCAGUCUGGCGGGAGCUGUCCGCAGCUCGGUCCCCCGUCUGCUCAUCAACAGGGACUCGGUGGGGCCAUUCGCCUGGAGCCGCCGGCCUCAUGACGUGGUGCAGCUGGGCGACGUGGUCGGCGGUGCGCGGGCCCUGGUCGACGCCCUCGGCUGGAAUCGGGAGUUGGACGCUCUGAUGGCUGCCGCCGCUGAGAAAGCUGCAACAAGGACAGAAGAGUGACACCGCCGCACCACAUCAAGCUGGAGGUUUGACUUUACUCACGUGCUCAGGACCAGACCCGGAUGACUUUUUUGCACUUUGUUGUUUUACUGAGGACCGUGUACUAACUGAAGCACUGGGGUCGUUGGUUAUGUCAGUGGAAACUCACCGACUUGCAAAUACGGAACCGCUUGAAUGGAUAUACAGUAUAACAAAUAUUUCCCAGUCAGUUGUCACUAUCAUGCAGGUAGGUGACGUACAGUGAUAAUGUGAUGGGGGGG